AGUGAGAGUCGAACAAGUGCAUUCUCUCUGAGGAUGAAAGGCUUCCUCUUCUUUCAGGGUCCUGUAACCUUUGACGAAGUUGCCGUGAACUUCACAGAGGCGGAGUGGGCAUUGCUGGAUCAGAACCAAAGGGCCUGCCACAGGGACGUCAUGGAGGAGACGCAUGAAAAUGUGUUGUCUUUGGCCCAUGAGGGAAGACACAGCGAAAACCAGGAAGAAUUGUGUUGGGAAGACUUGGAAACAUUCCUUUUUAAAGAGAGUCAUCUUCCAGGAAGGAGAAGUGAAGCAAAUACUUACAGUAGAAAUGAAGGUUUUGCUUUUCCACUCAGAGAUUUGCAAGAUGCCCUGCUCCAGCAAAAGAGAGAGGAAAGUAAGGAAACGGGUAAAUGUUCUUUGGACAGAAAUAACUGUAGUCUAAGGGCUGCUUGGACAAUCCACACGGGAGGGAGACCGUUGAAAACCCCAGAAGGUGCCAAGAGUCUUUGGGAUCAUUCACCGUUCGGAAUUCAUCAAACUUUUCAGAGCUUUGAAAUUAGAAAGAGCUUCCAGCACAGACCGAACCUUGUUUUCCCUGAGGGAACGGACACAGAGAAACCGUUUAAAGGUGUAGAGUGUGGAAAGAGCUUCAGUCACAAGGCGUCCCUGGCUUGUCAUCUGAGGAUCCACACUGGGGAGAAGCCAUUUAAAUGCUUGGAAUGUGGGAACAGCUUCUGUCAAAGGGCACACCUGGAUCAACAUUCGAGGAUGCACACAGGGGAGAAACCAUUUCAGUGCUCAGAAUGUGGAAAGAGCUUUGUCCGCAACAAAACCCUGAAAAACCACAUGAGAAUCCACACAGGAGAGAAACCGUUUGCGUGCUUGGAAUGUGGGAAGAGCUUUAGUCGCAGCGAAUGCCUGACUGCCCAUAUGAGGAUCCACACUGGGGAGAAACCAUUUCAGUGCUUGGAAUGUGGAAAGACCUUCCGUCAGAACUCAACCCUUUGGUAUCAUCAGAAACUCCAUAAUGGAGAAAAAUGGUUUAAAUGCUUGGUCUGUGGAAAGUGCUUCUGUCAGAGCACACACCUGGUUCACCAUAUGAGGAUCCACACUGGGGAGAAACCGUUUGUGUGCUUGGAAUGUGGGAAGAGCUUCAGGCAGAAGUCAUGCCUGGCUCGUCAUCUGAGGAUCCACACUGGGGAGAAACCAUUUCAGUGCUCAGAAUGUGGAAAGAGCUUUGGUCUCAACGGAAACCUUAAAAGCCACAUGAGAAUCCACACAGGGGAGAAACCGUUUGUGUGCUUGGAAUGUGGGAAGAGCUUCAGGCAGAAGUCAUGCCUGGCUCGUCAUCUGAGGAUCCACACUGGGGAGAAACCGUUUGUGUGCUUGGAAUGUGGGAAGAGCUUCAGGCAGAAGUCAUGCCUGGCUCGUCAUCUGAGGAUCCACACUGGGGAGAAACCGUUUGUGUGCUUGGAAUGUGGGAAGAGCUUCAGGCAGAAGUCAUGCCUGGCUCGUCAUCUGAGGAUCCACACUGGGGAGAAACCGUUUGUGUGCUUGGAAUGUGGGAAGAGCUUCAGGCAGAAGUCAUGCCUGGCUCGUCAUCUGAGGAUCCACACUGGGGAGAAACCGUUUGUGUGCUUGGAAUGUGGGAAGAGCUUCAGGCAGAAGGCAUGCCUGGCUCGUCAUCUGAGGAUCCACACUGGGGAGAAACCGUUUGUGUGCUUGGAAUGUGGGAAGAGCUUCAGGCAGAAGGCAUGCCUGGCUCGUCAUCUGAGGAUCCACACUGGGGAGAAACCGUUUGUGUGCUUGGAAUGUGGGAAGAGCUUCAGGCAGAAGGCAUGCCUGGCUCGUCAUCUGAGGAUCCACACUGGGGAGAAACCGUUUGUGUGCUUGGAAUGUGGGAAGAGCUUCAGGCAGAAGUCAUGCCUGGCUCGUCAUCUGAGGAUCCACACUGGGGAGAAACCGUUUGUGUGCUUGGAAUGUGGGAAGAGCUUCAGGCAGAAGUCAUGCCUGGCUCGUCAUCUGAGGAUCCACACUGGGGAGAAACCGUUUGUGUGCUUGGAAUGUGGGAAGAGCUUCAGGCAGAAGUCAUGCCUGGCUCGUCAUCUGAGGAUCCACACUGGGGAGAAACCGUUUGUGUGCUUGGAAUGUGGGAAGAGCUUCAGGCAGAAGUCAUGCCUGGCUCGUCAUCUGAGGAUCCACACUGGGGAGAAACCGUUUGUGUGCUUGGAAUGUGGGAAGAGCUUCAGGCAGAAGUCAUGCCUGGCUCGUCAUCUGAGGAUCCACACUGGGGAGAAACCGUUUGUGUGCUUGGAAUGUGGGAAGAGCUUCAGGCAGAAGUCAUGCCUGGCUCGUCAUCUGAGGAUCCACACUGGGGAGAAACCGUUUGUGUGCUUGGAAUGUGGGAAGAGCUUCAGGCAGAAGUCAUGCCUGGCUCGUCAUCUGAGGAUCCACACUGGGGAGAAACCGUUUGUGUGCUUGGAAUGUGGGAAGAGCUUCAGGCAGAAGUCAUGCCUGGCUCGUCAUCUGAGGAUCCACACUGGGGAGAAACCGUUUGUGUGCUUGGAAUGUGGGAAGAGCUUCAGGCAGAAGUCAUGCCUGGCUCGUCAUCUCAGUCGAAAUCCUGUUGAUUCUAAAAGGCCCCGAAACAAAAGAGCAGGAUAG